AUGGCAGCCGUCGCGCCGGAAAAAAACCCUCUCCGCCCCCUCGACUACACCGCCGCCGGCGACGUCCCCGACAGCCAUGUCUGGUUCCCUUUCGACGAGUCCAAGCUUAACGACAUCUCCGGCACGCCGGCGGACGUCGCCGUCCCGGUAAUCGAUUUGGCGGCGCCGCUGGCGGCGCAAUUCGAUAAGGUCAGAAUCGCCUGUGAAAAAACCGGUAUGUUUCAGGUGAUCAACCACGGCGUCCCGCCGGCGGUCAUCGCCGCCGCCGAGGAGCAGUGCCUCCGCCUCUUCAACCUGCCGGCGGAGCUUAAACAGGCGGCGCUCCGCCAGCCCGGCCCCGGCUCCGCCGGCUACGGCCACAUUCCGAUCCAGCCGUUUUUCGCGAAAAAAAUGUGGCACGAAGGCUUCACCAUCCACGGCUCCCCGGCCGACCUCGUCAAGAACUACUGGCCGGAGACUUACCUCGAGUUCUGCGACGUGAUGGACACGUACCAGAACGCGAUGCACGAGCUAGCGAGGAAAACGGCGAUCAUGAUUCUUGAGUCGAUGGGCGCAGCCGUCGCCGGAAAUAUCGAUUUGGCGGCGUAUAUGGGGACUCGGGCAUUACAGCUGAAUUAUUACCCGGUUUGUCCGGACCCGACCCACGCGUUGGGGUUGGCGCCGCAUACGGACACGACGGUGGUGACGGUGUUGCACCAGAACUACGAGGGGUUGCAGGUGUUCGAGGAGGGGGAGGGGUGGGUGGAGGUGAGCCCGGUGGCGGGGGGGCUGGUGAUAAACAUUGGGGAUUUUUUGCACAUGAUGUCCAACGGUCGAUUCGCGUCGGCGCUGCACCGCGUGAUUCCGGACAAGAUGAAUGAGAGGAUUUCGAUGGCGUUUUUCACGAUGCCGUUGCCGGAGCAGGUGGUGGCGCCGCUGAUGCUGAAGUCGGUGCCGUUUCCGAAGUUCCGGUCGGUGGCGAUGAAGGAUUUUAUGAAGGUUAAGUAUGAGCAGCUCUACAAGGCUAUUCCGAUGAUGAAGAUUGCUUGAAAUUAAUAUUAUAAUAAUAAUUAUUAUUAUUAUUAUGAGUAUUAUGUAUGAGGGAGGGAGAGUGAGGGAUGAAUAAUUUAGAUUGUGAUGAUGGUUGUAUGAAAAUUAUUGACAAAUUUAAGCUUUUGCUUAGAUUUGUUGAUGAUAUAUAUAUAUAUAUAUAUUUAUAUAUGAGAUGUUAUUAUGAUAUGUGUUGAUCUUGUGUGAUGUUUUGUGUUUUUC